AUGGCCAAGGGCGCCGCUUCCAAUCCUCGGAGAGCGGCCAAGGUGAUGAAAACGCCCAAUAAGGACGCAUAUGUGACCAAGGCGCAAAUGGCGCAGUGCCCCAGCCCGCCCCUCGACACCGUCGUCGAUAGAGGCGCUACUGGGGAAAGAACGCAACCUGGGGGGCGGACCGAGAAACAGCAGGUGGCCCGCUUCAUCGAGCGGGGGCUCUCGCACAUUCCUGAGUCCAGGAUUAAGACGCUUCGCGACGCCGAGGGGCAGUCCAUCGCCACCUAUGUGGAGGAGGAAAUGCGCAGGAGGAGGGCCCACCAGGGGCGGCUGAGCGGGCACUUCCUGCAGCAGUUGCAUGCCGACUUCCAGCUGGAAGCUGGCGCGUGGGAUGACCCCCCGCCGCCCGCAGAGGGCGGUGCCCUGGGCGAGGGGCCCCGGGAUCUCGUGAUGCAGUGCCGCGGCGAGAACGAGUUCAAGGCGCAUUGGGGUGUCGUCGCCCGCGAGUUGGGCAACAGUUGGAGGCGCUGCUUCGGGGGCGCCGUGGCCGAGGGACUUCGCGUGAAGAACUUCCUCAAGAGCAGGCAGGGCAUCAUGCAGCUCCUCUUGGACAACCGCGUCGUGAACGCCCUCGUGAAGGCCGACGGCGAGUGCUCCCGGUGCUGCGGGGAGGUCUGCGCCGUGAUGGUGGGCAGCUGCGUGACAGGGGGGGCAUUGUUCCAGGAUAAGUGGCUCUCCUGCGCGAACGCUCCCUUCAAGGGGGAGUGCGUUCGCCAGUUGCGGAGCCUGGGGCGCAGCGACUUCGACGCCGACGAGAUCGCGGGCUACGCGAGCAUGCUGGGCCAGCGGGCCGCGGAGUUAAGGAAGUUGGCGGGCAAGAAGAAGAACAUGUUGAGCAACGUGUUCGAGCUGCGCGGCGUGGCCCUGGACGCCGUGGAAGGGGGCGGCCCUCGGGGCGCAGCGCUGUUCGUGCUGAGGAACCGCGUGGCCACCAUCGCCGUCAACAACGGCCAGUUGACGCCCUUGUGCAAGACGAAGACGCUCCUCGACGAGGGCCGCAACUUCAAGUGCCACAUCCAGUUCCUCACGAAGCACGUUCCUGGGCUCCUUCGGGCCGAGCUGGACCGACAGGGAUUGCAGGCCGUGCCCAACGCUGGCGCGGGCGCCGCUUUCGACGAGACGCUGGAGCUGCUGAAUGCCGCGCGCGGGUCCGAGCUUGCAGCCGCGCCCGGCGAGACGGUGUGCGAGACGGUGUGCGAGGAGCUGUUUGGCAUCUACGACAUCGUUCGCGGGGUUAGCCUAGGCCGGCCUCCGCUGGGCAAGGGCGCGAAAACGUUCGGCGACCUCGCGCCGGGCGUCCUGGCCCGCGCCCC